AUGACGGCCGACGUGAACGCCGCCGCGGCAGCGUGUCCACACCCGCCCAAGACGCCGGCCAAGGGAUGCCCCGUGGACAGCGCCGACGCAGCCGGUCUGACCGCCGAGCUGAUGCGCAUUGCAGGCCACGCGUCGGGCGUCAGCGUGCACGGAUCGACAGCAGCGGCUGUGCCGAGCCUGUCGCAAGCGCGCGCCGUGUCUUCGAUCCCGAAAGGCGAAGGCGUCACGUCGGUGCAUCAGUCGAAUGUGAACGAGGACAAGUGGGAGUACCCGAGCGAGGAGAUGUACUUCCGGGCGAUGAAGCGGAAGGGUUGGGCGCCUGAUGCGCAGCAGAUGAAGACGAUCGUCGCGAUCCACAACACUGUGAACGAGCAGAGCUGGCGGGAAGUGCUCAAGUGGGAGAGCGUCCACGUAGCACCUGAGCGCGUCAAGCUCAAGACGUUCAUGGGCAAGCCGACCGAGUACAGUCCCAAGGCCCGGAUCAUGAACUUGUUGGGGUGGUCCGUGCUGCCGUUCGAUCGACACGAUUGGAUCGUCGAUCGGGACGGGAAAGAAGUGCGCUAUGUGAUUGACUUUUACUCGGGGCAACCUGAGCCAGGCCGUCCACUCAGUGUCUAUCUGGAUGUGAGGCCCGCGCUUGACUCGGUGGAGGGUCUUGUGGACCGCGUGCGGUGGCAGUUUCGCGAGAAGAUCCGACCGCUGCUGCCCUUUGGUGGUGCCGCGUUCGGCGGCAGUGCUGCAGCUGUGGACACACCUCGAGACACGACAGACGAGCAAGGCGGGCGCUCGAAAGUCACGCCCAAGACCGACUGA